AUGGACUACGAAGCUCUGAAGGAGCAGUGGAGCGAGGUCGAGGAUCGUGAUGGUGUCCGCCUGAGCUGGAACGUGUUCCCUAGCACGCGCAUGGAAGCAUCGCGUCUCGUCGUUCCCAUUGGCGCCCUUUACACGCCGCUCAAGGAAAAGCCCGACACGCCGCUGCUGCAGUUUGAGCCCGUCACCUGCAAGCAGCCCUGCCGCUCCGUGCUCAACCCCUUCUGCCAAGUCGACGUGCGUGCCCGCCUUUGGGUCUGUCCCUUUUGUCUGUCGCGCAACCCGCUGCCGCCGCACUACAAGGACAUCACCGCCAACGCCAUCCCGCCCGAGCUGCACCCGUCUAACACCACCAUCGAGUACCGGCUGUCGCGCCCGGCCCAGAACCCGCCCAUCUUCCUCUAUGUUGUCGACAUGUGCCAGGAGGAGGACAGCUUGGCGGCCCUCAAGGAGUCGCUGGUCAUGAGCCUGAGCCUGCUGCCUGAAAACGCCCUGGUCGGCCUCAUCACCUUUGGCACCAUGACCCAAGUCCACGAGAUCGGUUACGCCGAGUGCGCCAAGUCCUACGUGUUCCGUGGCAGCAAGGAGUACACCCCGAAGCAGGUCCAGGAAAUGCUUGGCCUCGGCCAGCCCAUCAUGCGCCCAGGCAUGCAGCCUGGCCGCCCCAACAUGCCCCUAGGCCCCGCCGCCCGCUUCCUGCUCCCCGUCCAGCAGGGCGAGUUCCAGCUCACCAAGGCCCUCGAGCAGCUCCAAAAGGACCCUUGGCCCGUCGCUAAUGACCGCCGCAGCCUGCGCUGCUCCGGUGUGGCCAUCAGCGUCGCCGUCAGCCUGCUCGAGUCCUCCUUCCAGAACUCAGGCGCCCGCGUCAUGGUCUUCACCGGUGGCCCGGCCACCGAGGGCCCCGGCAUGGUCGUGGGCCCCGAGCUGCGUGAGCCCAUCCGCUCGCACCACGACAUCGACCGCGACAGCGCCAAGAACUACAAGAAGGCCCUCAAGUUCUACGACAACCUGGCCAAGCGCACCGCCCACAACGGCCACAUCAUCGACAUCUUCGCCGGCUGUCUGGACCAGGUCGGUCUGCUCGAAAUGAAGGGGCUGAGCAACUCCACGGGCGGCCACAUGAUCCUGACGGACAGCUUCACGUCCGCCAUGUUCAAGCAGUCGUUUGUGCGCGUGUUUGAAAAGGACGGCGACGACAACCUGCUCAUGGGCUUCAACGCGGUCCUCGAGGUGCUGACCACAAAGGAGCUCAAGGUCACGGGCCUCAUCGGCCACGGUGUGUCCCUCAACAAGAAGUCGACGUCGGUGGGCGAGACGGAGAUCGGCAUGGGCAACACGUGCGCAUGGAAGAUGUGCGGCAUCGACCCGAGCGCCAGCUACGGCAUCUACUUUGAGAUUGCCCAGGGCGGCCCGUCCCAGAUCCAGCAGGGCCCGCAGAAAGGCAUGAUGCAGUUCCUGACCUACUACCAGCACUCGUCCGGCCAGUUCCACCUCCGCGUCACCACCAUUGCCCGGAAUCUCAGCGGGCCGGCCGGCGACCCCACCCUCGCCCACUCGUUCGACCAGGAAGCGGCUGCCGUGCUCAUGUCGCGUAUUGCCGUCUUCAAGGCCGAGGUCGACGACGGCCCGGAUGUCCUGCGCUGGGUCGACCGCAUGCUGAUCCGCCUGUGCUCGCGCUUCGCCGACUACCGGAAAGACGACCCGUCCUCCUUCCGCCUGGAGAAAAACUUCACCCUCUACCCACAAUUCAUGUUCCAUCUGCGGCGAAGCCAGUUCCUGCAGGUCUUUAACAACUCGCCCGAUGAGACCGCGUUCUAUCGGCACGUGCUGAACCAUGAGGACGUCAGCAAUUCACUGGUCAUGAUCCAGCCCACCCUGGAUUCCUACACCUUUGAUCAGGACGGCGGCCUGCCCGUGCUCCUGGACUCGGCCUCCAUCCAACCCACCCACAUCCUCCUCCUCGACACCUUCUUCCACAUCCUCAUCUUCCACGGCGAGACCGUCGCCCAGUGGCGGAAAGCCGGGUACCAGAACCAGGAGGGCUAUGAGAACUUUGCCGCAUUACUGGAGCAGCCAAAGGAAGACGCAAGAGACCUCAUCACGGAUCGUUUCCCUCUGCCUCGGUUCAUUGUUUGUGACGCUGGUGGCUCGCAGGCCCGUUUCCUGUUGUCCAAGCUGAACCCGUCGACGACACACACUACGGGUGCCUAUGGUGGCGUCGGCGCCCAGACAGCGCAGACCAUCUUCACCGAUGACGUGUCGCUGCAGACCUUUAUGGACCAUUUGAUGAAGCUGGCUGUGAGCGGCACGAACUAA